UCGCCGGUGGCCCGGCGCCAUGCCACGCCACACACGCCACAACCCAUGGCGGACGACACGCCCACGAAACCCAGCAAGAAAGGUUCCUCCGAGCCCGCCGUCCACUACGACGGCGCCAAGGCCAAGGCAAAGUCCAAGGCCGUCGUCCACGCCGACGCCGAGGACGGGCAUGCCGGCGAUGCGGCGACGGCGAGUCUUGCUCCUGCCAACCGGACCCGGCUGCUGCGGUGCGCGUGCUGCGGCCUGGCCGCGCUCGCCGCGUUGGCCGCCGUGGUGAUCCUCGUCCUGUCGCUCACCGUGCUGAGGGUCCGGGACCCGGACCUGACCAUGGACUCCGUCACGGUGGAGCGCUUCCACGUGGGGUUCGCCGCCGUGCCCGACGGCCGCCCGCCACUGCGGAUCAACGCGACGCUGGCCGCGUGGAUCAUGAUCCGGAACCCCAACUACGCGUCCAUGUGGUUCGGCGCCAGCACGACGGAGAUUUUCCUCGACGGCGUGCCGGGCCGCGUCGGCCUAGGUAGCGCGCCGCCCGGGGAGGCGUCGGCGCGGGGCGCCAGCCGGGUCCGCGGCGGCAUGGACGUGUUCGUCGACAGGGUCGCGCCGGCCGUGGUGGGGGAGGUGCUGUUCGGCCGCGGCGAGGUGCGGCUCACGAGCCGCACGGCCAUGGACGGCAGGGUCAGCGUGCUCGGCGGGAUCUACGGGCGGCGCACGGUGCGCGUUGCCAUGCGGUGCCACGUCGUGCUGCAUGUGUCCGCCGUGGUCGUCGUCGCCGGCUUUCCUUCAUGCGUCGCGGAGUUCGGUCGCUGAUGCAUCUGUUUCUGUUCUGUCGUCAAUCUCUCUACCGUGCAAGACGAAUCUCACACCAUCUUUUUUCUUCUAAUUUGUAUGUUGAAUGUUUAUUCUAACUUCGGCGGAGUAAUUUAUGAUCAAAGUCGUAUUAUUUACCAUCAACCCCUUUUGUACACACAACUGGAUGUUUUCAUGACCUGGUUGAUUUAGUUGCCGGAGAAUUGGCAAGUCCAAUCAAAGGAUGGUAGGUCCGACUAGAUAAGUAUAACAUUUCAUUUUUCUUUUAACUUCAUGACACCAUUAUUACAAUACAGUACAGAAGAACAUUUAUUUAUAUUUGUA